AUGGAAUAUAGCCCGGUCCGCCUUGGUCCGCAUGCCUUCUGGUCCGGCCCCGCGAGGAAGAAGCUCGUCCUGCUCAGCAUCAUGUUCUUAGUCUGGGUCUACAUGUUGUACUCCUGCGUGGGCUACUGCUCCACGGCGCCGCCGGUGGAGGCUCGGGCCGCGGGGCGGGACGGCUCGGACCUGGUGUCCAGGCUGCUGUCCAAGCCGCAGCCGUGGGAGGACGUGGAGGGGGACUACGAGGAGCCUUCGUCCGUGAGCAGGACCAGAGACCUGCUCACUAACGAGCCGGACUGGGACCAGAGAGCCCCGGAGCCCGGGACCAUGUCCAGCUUCUCCAACGGCUCCGGGAGCAAGAAGCUGCCGCAGGCCAUCAUCAUCGGGGUGAAGAAGGGAGGAACCCGGGCUCUGCUGGAGUUCCUGCGGGUCCACCCGGACAUCAGGGCCGUGGGAGCAGAACCGCACUUCUUCGACCGCAACUAUGAAAACGGUCUGGACUGGUACAGGGAUCUGAUGCCAAAAACCCUGGAGGGCCAGAUCACCAUGGAGAAAACCCCCAGCUACUUUGUGACCAGAGAAGCUCCAGCGAGGAUCUCCGCCAUGUCCCGGGACACCAAACUAAUCGUGGUAGUGAGGGACCCGGUAACCAGAGCUAUCUCAGACUACACCCAGACUCUGUCCAAGAAGCCUGAUAUUCCCUCUUUUGAGAGCCUCACCUUCAAAAACAGGACUACGGGUCUGAUCGACACCUCGUGGAGCGCCAUCCAGAUUGGCAUCUACGCCAAACACCUGGACAAUUGGCUGCAGUACUUCCCCAUGGACCAGAUCCUCUUUGUGAGCGGCGAGCGUUUGAUCAGCGACCCGGCCGGAGAGCUGGGCCGGGUCCAGGACUUCUUGGGCCUCAAGAGGAUCAUCACAGACAAACACUUUUACUUCAACCAGACUAAGGGAUUCCCGUGCCUGAAGAAAGCAGAGGGCAGCAGCAAGCCCCACUGCCUGGGAAAAACCAAAGGGCGAACCCAUCCGAACAUUGAUCCUGAGGUGGUCCAGAGGCUACGGGACUUCUACAGACCCUUCAACAUGAAGUUCUACCAGAUGACCGGACAUAACUUUGGUUGGGAUUGACUUAGAAGUUGUGAAAUAUGUUCUUUUUUUUAUGUAAUUCAUUGUCAAGAAGU